UUAAUUAAUAUAAGAAGAUAAUAACUAAGGUGAAUUAAAGUGGAGUUUGACUACUCCACUACUACUGGUAUAAAUAUUGAAACGAUUCACACUUCCUUGGCUCAUCAUAUCGCAGUUUUUGAGAUUUCAUUCAUUGUUAUAACUUGUACAUUCAAAUGGGUGGUGGCAAAGGUGGAAGUGGCGGUGGCAGCAAAGGUGGUUGCGGAGGCAGCGGUGGUGGCUCUGGAAAUGUUGGAGGAGGAAGCACAUCCAAAGGCGGAGGUGGGGCUUCGGGAAUGAUGGUAGCUCCGGGGAGUGGAGGUGCGGCCAUUAUAUCGAGGGGCGCAUUCGAGAGCAACCCUCAGGGAUACUUUGCUGGUCUGCAUUCAAGUGAAAAGGGCAAUAAAUAAAUAAGGAAUGGUAUUGCUGGAAAAGCCCAAGUUCAUGUAUUAUUUAUAGUAAAGUAAUGCAUGACUAAUUAAAUAAAAUUUAUGGCAAUAUCUCUUUUAUCUCA